AUGAAUGAGAUCAAAUAUGGCUAUCCAUAUCCUGCUCAAGGCCCUUAUCAAGGACCACCUCCCGUGGCGGCACCACCGCAAUAUUAUGCGGCUCCACCGCCACCACCACCCAAAAGGCAACCUGGUUUUCUUGAAGGAUGCUUUGCAGCUUUGUGUUGUUGUUGCCUCUUGGACGAGUGCUGCUGUGACCCAACUAUUAUUUUUGGGGGUUAA